GGGUGGUCGGGUCGAGCAGACGAGCAGUACUCUCCCGGACGGCGCCCCGAGCACACCACCGCCGACGACGGCACCCCGCCCGCACCGCGAUCUAACUUCGACGUCAACUACAAUGGACACAAACGGCACCGUUGCGUUUGAUGGCGCUCGAUCGAAAAUGUGAAGUGAUCGGAUUGUGGUUCCGUACCGUGUUCUUUGAAUACGAUAUUAUUUUUUUUACAAGUGCUUUUUUAUCAUGGAAUUUCCUGGAUUUGUUCUUGGCUUAAAUGAUUCAGCUUCCUCAAGCUGCACUAGAGGAACAAUAACUAUAUUAAUGUGAACACGAAGCUCAUUUUCUUUUCCAACUUCUGGGAGCAAGCAGACAAUAUGGGGAUCAUUAUACGCCACACAGUGCGCACCAGCGCUAUGGUGCUGGUGAUGGUUGGAGGAGCUACCGCCAGGGUCGCCGGCAAGAUGGGAGGCUACUCCAAUAAAAAAGGGGGAAAAUCGACAAGCGGCAUCAACGAGGAGAUAAUCUGGAUUAGCAUAAGCAUGGCUAUCGCUAUAGCUGAGGAGUUCGCGAAGCACGCCCUCGCGGACUCCCUCACUGACCUCGACUUUGAGUUACCAGCCUACACUUUAUACCCUCAGUAUUCUCCCGACGGUAAAGAAUACUUCUACAAUUUCCAUCGUUUCUCAUACAUAAGGAAUAGCUUCAAGCUACCACCCAAAGACUACCCAAUAAAAACUAAAGAAGACAUCUACAUUAACGCGUGA